AUGACCACCACCUAUGCGCCCCAGACGUCGGGCAACACCACAACAUCAUGGCUUCCCAUGACCACUGCUUUCACCCCAUCGGCAUUCUGCGGGAGUAUGAUCAUCAGCGAGGGUGCGCUUCUCACAUUCUAUGAUAUCAAUUUAUUACUAUACUUGGGGUCCAGUACUGCGUCCGAUUGCCUCGCGCCCGCAGUCCUUUCCUCGUAUACGGGCAAUUCCGACCCAUACACGACGUAUUCGAUGGGCCCGUUCACCUGCCCGGGAAGCUGGAGUGAGGUAGCCACUACAGUAAAAGACGGGUCCAGCACUCAGACGCUCUGCUGCCCUUCAAAUUACCAAGGGAUUGUUCGGCAAAACACAGACAAUACUCUUUCCGGAUGGUGCCAGUCUGUCUUUGGAAAUAGAUCCUCGUCGUUGGUCUUUUUGGACAACGAGUUGAUUACGACAAAAUCGCUUCCUGCAUACAAUACAACCACUUUCGGGACUGCCAUGACCAUUACCGCAACCACGAUUAUGGGAUGGAAUGUCAAGGCGCACACCGCCACUGCGACCUCGACAAUUUCAACAGAUUCAACAGCAUCGACAGCAUCAUCGACAUCAACAACAGGCGCAGGUACUGCGACGGCUACACCUGCAAAUACCUCGUCUCAUGGCCUGAGCACUGGAGCUAAAGCGGGCGUCGGUGUUGGUGUGGCAGCAGGCGCUUUGGCCUUGAUCGCCUUUGGAUUGUUUUAUUUCUUCCACAAACGGAAGCAAAGAAAAAAUUCAAUAAAUACCGAAGGCAGCGCGAAUGGCUUGACAAAGGGCGCUAUGAGCAAGAAGCCAGUAGAGCUCGAUGGCCUUGGUCGACCGGUGGAAGUGAGUGGUUCCGAUCACAAGCCCCUACAAGAAAUGGUCGGGUGCGAGGAACCACGGCCAGAGCUAGGAUCCAAUGCUUUGAUGGAAUUAAAUGGAGACCAUGCGGUGUACGAGUUGGAGGGUACAGAUCAGCACCAUCGCCCGACGGAAGAAGAGAAGGCGCCGGGGACUGGUCCUCACCCCAAUUAUAUAUGA